AUGGUAUAUUUAAGCCGCCUUGCCACGGUCACACUUUCGCCAAUUGCAAAGAUAAAAAGCCAAUAGCCGCCAUGACGACUGCCUUUGAUGCCGCACACACGGAGGGACCGGGAUUCGUUGGCAUUCGGUUCUGCCAGGAGUGCAACAACAUGCUGUACCCCAAGGAGGACAAGGAGAACAAGAUUCUGCUGUACGCCUGCCGGAAUUGCGAUUACAAGCAGGAGGCGGACUCCAACUGCAUCUACGUGAACAAGAUUAUGCACGAGAUCGACGAGCUGACCCACAUUGUGCCCGACGUGAUCUCCGAUCCCACGCUGCCGCGCACCGAAGACCACGCUUGCCCCAAGUGCUCCCAUCGCGAGGCGGUCUUCUUCCAGGCGCAAACCCGUCGCGCUGAAGAGGAGAUGCGACUGUACUAUGUGUGCACUAACCAGAACUGCACCCACCGAUGGACGGAGUAGAAACUGACGACCCAUCCGCCUCUAAUUGUAGCCCUAAGUAAUCGAAGGCACUUUGCAAUCGUACAAUUGGAAUUCCCCCAUGGCUAUGCCGCAAAAACAUCCCACGUGCAGCUCCAUUCUCGAUUGCCGCCUAAUGAAAUAAAAUUCGCACUGAAAAAAAAAUGCAUGUGCUCCGCAUGACUUUGAAUCAGUUACAAGACCUUCUAUUUGGUUUGUAUAAAUGUUUAAAUAGCUCAGUCUUAAAAAUAAAUAUAUAAGUUCAUUGCGACGAAACUUUUCUAUCAUCCAACUAUAUGUUGUCAAAACUAUAAUUAAACCUAAUGUCAAAGAUCAAAUGUUCAAAUGCAGUUGAGAAAACAACGAAAGUGUUCCGGGUUUAUAAUAAAGUUUAGCCGGUUAAAACAUAAACUGUAAAACCAGA